UGCUUGGCGCUUCCUGUUUCCGGUUCCCGAAGUUGGGGGGCCACCCGCGAGGCGCCAGGGUGAGUGGGCAGUCGGGGUCCGCCGCUGGCCGCUCGCUAACCGGUGGUCACUCGCCAGGGAGGACCUGGGGCCUCGGUCGUCCGCGCCACCCAGUUGGGGCUGCUCUCCUUGAAGCGGGUGGAGAAGAGGGCUCCAGGAGGGUGCCACGUGAGGAACGAGAGGAAGCCAGUUCAUGCGCCUCGUCUGCCCCUCCUCAUCCUCCGGUGCCCCCCGAAGCAUGAUCCCCUUGCUCAGCUGCUGGAGGGCUGGGCUGCUGCUGCUGCUGGCCGUGGCCGUGAGAGACUCCUGGCAGACCGAAGAAAAAACAUGUGACCUGGUGGGAGAGAAGGGGAAAGAGUCCGAGAAGGAGCUAGCGCUCCUGAAGAGGCUGACACCACUGUACAACAAAAGCUUCGAGAGCACGGUGGGCCAGGGCUCAGACACAUACCUCUACAAGUUCAGGGUGUGCCGCGAGGCCGGCAACCACACGUCCGGGGCAGGCCUGGUGCAGAUUGACAAAAGCAGCGGGAAGGAGACGGUGGUGGGGCGGCUCAACGAGACGCACAUCUUCAAUGGAAGUGACUGGAUCAUGCUGAUCUAUAAAGGGGGCGACGAAUAUGACCGUCACUGUGGCAAGGAGCAGCGCCGUGCAGUGGUCAUGAUCUCCUGCAACCGACACACGCUGGCGGACAAUUUUAACCCUGUGUCCGAAGAGCGAGGCAAAGUUCAAGACUGUUUCUACCUCUUUGAAUUGGACAGCAGCCUGGCCUGCCCGCCGGAGGUGUCCCAUCUCAGUGUGGGCUCCAUCUUACUGAUCACGUUCGCAUCACUUGUCGCCGUCUAUAUCAUCGGAGGCUUCCUGUACCAGCGACUGGUGGUGGGAGCCAAGGGGAUGGAGCAGUUUCCCCACCUAGCCUUUUGGCAGGAUCUUGGCAACCUGGUAGCAGAUGGCUGUGACUUCGUGUGCCGUUCUAAACCCCGCAAUGUGCCUGCUGCGUAUCGUGGUGUGGGAGACGAUCAGCUGGGGGAGGAGUCCGAAGAAAGGGAUGACCAUUUAUUACCAAUGUGAUCACACUGGAGGAGUCCAGCCUCUUUGGUCCCCCAAACCAAAGCAUCCUCAGCCAGAUCUCCCAGGCAGUGUCCACUCAGCCCAUUGCUCUUGCUUUCCAGUUCGCUUUUGAUUUGUAUCCUCUACUCACCACAACGGCCUUCCCGUGCUCCUGUAGUUUUUUUCCUCCAGCGGUACAGGUGUGAUAUGCCAGAGCCUAGGAACACAGGCUACCAGACUAUCACUUGGUGUCGAGAAAGUCCAAGUAGGAAGAAGGGCAGAAGGGAAUGGCAGGCGAGUCCCUUGGCCCUUUCUUUUUAAAACACAUUUUUACACAUUUUCUAGACACUGGAUUUUUUUUCUUUUAAACGCAGAGGAUAUUAUUUAUACAGGUUUGAUUGCUUUCCUGCCAUUACUCUGUGCGCUGCAAGAGUCUCUAUGAGAACCAGGAUGUGAUUUCUUGCUGCUUGGAACUACCUGGAGGCAGUCCAGGUACUCCCAUCUGGUCUGAGCCUGGGAUGUUCUUGACAUGUUCUCCCACCACUGGGAUUAAGACAGGAAAAAUACACACUUUCCCAACCACAGGAUUAUAAGGUACAGCACAUCACCUGUUGGCUUUGGGGUGACCCUGGAGUGGUGGACUUGAAGCUGUUGGUCUAUAUACAGCCAGAACACCUAAUCCAGGUUCAAGGGAAAGAAAACUGGCCCGGUUGCCUAUGCUACAAGGACUCUAGUAGUCUGUUUACCUGAUGGCCAAAUUUCUGAUGGUUUCUUCCUCCCAUUUGUACAGCUUUUCUUGUUCUACCAGUAUUUCUAAACAUGUUUGCACUUUUCUUCACGGGCAUGUGAUUUUAAACUUUCUUUUAAUCUUCAGAAAAGGGAACGGAAGCAGGACGAUGGGGCUCUGCUGUCCUCCGCUCCGAGUGUAGAACGGCUGCUGCACCUGUCCCUUCUGCUGGCUCAGGGAAGUGUCUUCUUGCUCACAUUUCUGUGGGGAAAGGUUUUUAAUCCUAUAAUCCUCUCGUGUUCCCAUCUUCCUGUCGAGGCCCAGAAACCUGGGCUGAUCUUUCUAUAAUAGUGGAUUUCCGGGCCACUGAAAGGUGACAUGGCCCCACUGGACACAAGGGGGGCAGAAUCAAUAGGCGAGGCCUUCUAGAAGCCUUUAGAGAAGCAAAUGAAAAUUCAUGUUUAGACUUUUCAGUACUAUUGGAAUGAUUUUUUUUUUCUAAACAGGAAAAUAAUGUUAUAAAAGCAUCUUUGUUAAUUUGUUUGCAUUCCUCCCCAUCUUGGUGUUUUAAAAAACAAAAAAAUACACCACUUUUUGUACAAAAAUAUGUAAUGUUAAAAAACAAACAA